CUAUUACAAACAUAUUUUCGAUCAUCAAAAGUUCAAAAUGCCGUUGUUUGGAAAGAAGCAUAAAUCUCCUCGCAGAAAGCUUGAGGCUGGUUCUUCCASUGCUCUCAAGUCGAAUGUUAGCUUAACAGAAGCCGGGGAUCCUAAUGAUCCAUCGGURAAGCUAAAACUUGGUGGCAAUGAGCUUAUUUUUCAAGAUGGAGAAUGGUACUCUGAUGCUACAACCGGAGGCGGAGGRAAAACAAGUUUGGAAGUUGGUAAACUACAAAAGCAAAACAACCAACUUAAAGAGGAAAACAACUUCCUCAAGUAUAAAGUCGAAGUCCUUCUUGACAUGCUUGCAUCAACAACAGCUGAAUGUAAUGUGAUAGAAAAGGAACUGGAAACACUUCAAAACCAAAAGAAAACCAGAAGUAUGCARAUGCAGAGAUGACAGCACUUACUUUUCUUGUGGAUGUCCAUGCCAUGUCAUAAUGGCUGCAGUAAUAGAGAAGAAGUGGCAGAUCCAGGGAAUUUCAUUUGGCACAUAGACAUCUUACUAGUCCCCUACUAAUACACACAUCCGUCUAAAGCCUGUGAAGUCAUCUGAAUAGCAUAACCCUACAACAAAAACAAAUGUUGGUACCACAUGAAAAGCUACUUUUGUCAUUGUCUGUUAAUGUGGCUAUAUUUUUGAAUUUCUGAC